AGUCCCUCGGGCUCAUACCUAGUGCCUGCAGCAGGACAGCCAUGGCCACCAACUCCACCAGUGACCUCCACACUCCUGGGACGCAGCUGAGCGUGGCUGACAUCAUCGUCAUCACCGUGUAUUUUGCUCUGAAUGUGGCCGUGGGCAUAUGGUCCUCUUGUCGGGCCAGCAGGAACACGGUGAAUGGCUACUUCCUUGCAGGCCGGGACAUGACGUGGUGGCCGAUUGGAGCCUCCCUCUUCGCCAGCAGCGAGGGCUCUGGCCUCUUCAUUGGACUGGCGGGCUCAGGCGCGGCAGGAGGUCUGGCCGUGGCAGGCUUCGAGUGGAAUGCCACGUACGUGCUGCUGGCACUGGCGUGGGUGUUCGUGCCCAUCUACAUCUCCUCAGAGAUCGUCACCUUACCUGAGUACAUUCAGAAGCGCUACGGAGGCCAGCGGAUCCGCAUGUACCUGUCUGUCCUGUCCCUGCUACUGUCUGUCUUCACCAAGAUAUCGCUGGACCUGUACGCAGGGGCUCUGUUUGUGCACAUCUGCCUGGGCUGGAACUUCUACCUCUCCACCAUCCUCACACUCGGCAUCACAGCCCUGUACACCAUUGCAGGGGGCCUGGCUGCUGUAAUCUACACGGACGCCCUGCAGACGCUCAUCAUGGUGGUGGGGGCUGUCAUCCUGACAAUCAAAGCUUUUGACCAGAUCGGUGGUUACGGGCAGCUGGAGGCAGCCUACGCCCGAGCCAUUCCCUCCAGGACCAUUGCCAACACCACCUGCCACCUGCCACGUGCAGAUGCCAUGCACAUGUUUCGAGACCCCCACACAGGGGACCUGCCGUGGACCGGGAUGACCUUUGGCCUGACCAUCAUGGCCACCUGGUACUGGUGCACUGACCAGGUCAUCGUGCAGCGGUCACUGUCAGCCCGGGACCUGAACCAUGCCAAGGCAGGCUCCAUCCUGGCCAGCUACCUCAAGAUGCUCCCCAUGGGCCUGAUCAUCAUGCCGGGCAUGAUCAGCCGUGCAUUGUUCCCAGGUGCUCAUGUCUAUGGGGAGAGACACCAAGUGUCCGUCUCUCGAACAGAUGAUGUGGGCUGCGUGGUGCCGUCCGAGUGCCUGCGGGCCUGCGGGGCCGAGGUCGGCUGCUCCAACAUCGCCUACCCCAAGCUGGUCAUGGAACUGAUGCCCAUUGGUCUGCGGGGGCUGAUGAUCGCAGUGAUGCUGGCCGCGCUCAUGUCGUCGCUGACCUCCAUCUUCAACAGCAGCAGCACCCUCUUCACUAUGGACAUCUGGAGACGGCUGCGUCCCCGCUCCGGCGAGCGGGAGCUGCUGCUGGUGGGACGGCUGGUCAUAAUGGCACUCAUCGGUGUGAGUGUGGCCUGGAUCCCCGUCCUGCAGGACUCCAACAGCGGGCAACUCUUCAUCUACAUGCAGUCAGUGACCAGCUCCCUGGCCCCACCAGUGACUGCAGUCUUUGUCCUGGGCGUCUUCUGGCGACGUGCCAACGAGCAGGGGGCCUUCUGGGGCCUGAUAGCAGGGCUGGUGGUGGGGGCCACGAGGCUGGUCCUGGAAUUCCUGAACCCAGCCCCGCCCUGCGGAGAGCCAGACACACGGCCGGCCGUCCUGGGGAGCAUCCACUACCUGCACUUCGCUGUCUCCCUCUUUGCACUCAGUGGUGCUGUUGUGGUGGCUGGAAGCCUGCUGACCCCACCCCCACAGGGUGUCCAGAUUGAGAACCUUACCUGGUGGACCCUGGCUCAGGAUCUGCCCUUGGGAACCAAAGCAGGUGAUCGCCAAACACCCCAGAAACACGCCUUCUGGGCCCGUGUCUGUGGCUUCAAUGCCAUCCUCCUCAUGUGUGUCAACAUAUUCUUUUAUGCCUACUUCGCCUGACACGGACAUCCUGGACAGAAAGGCGGGAGCUCCGAGUCCUCAGGUUCACCCAUUUCCCUCAUGGGGAUCCCGAGGCCCCAAGAGGGGCAGAUUCCCCUCAUAGCUGCAUAGCAGCUCGGUGCCCAAGAACUGGCCAAGCCAGCAAAGCAGGAGCCCUGAAAAAUUAGGGGGGAAAUGGGAGAAAAGAAUGUGACAUUUCAAAAACAGCACCAAAGCAGUCAGCAUU